UAAAUAAAUGAAAAAGGGGGUUGCAGAGUGGAGAGGGAGAAAGCGGGUUGAUUUGUUGAAUUAAUUUUGUUUCCAUCAUACCCCGAUAAAGUAAGGGAAAGAAAACGAAAAACAAAACUCCAGGGAGAAAUCUCGAAGCACUUGCUAUUAAUGUGUCUGUCUCUUCCGCUGCCUCGUCGGAGACAAGCAUGGUACUGCUACUGAUGCAUGUCAAACUACCUUGCAACUGCCAAACGGCAAACGGUGACGUUAGACAACUGAAGCAAUCACUGAAACACCAGAGGAGAUGCGAAUCUGUGGAACACUGCUGCUGCUGAUACUCACGGGAGGAGAUGAUGCAAGGACUCCACCACCACCAACAACAGCUCGUCGCACUUCUCUCGGCGGCUCUUCCCAAGGACAACGAUCCUUCCACUUCUUCAACCACGCCGUCUUCUUCAGCUAACGCAGCCGCUACUUCGUCAAUUUCGGAGGAAGAGGAGCCUUCGCGCGUCGCCGCCAUAACUUCACUCCACCGCGCCAUUCUCUACCCUCCCAACUCCAUUCUUGUUACUCACUCCGCCUCUUUCCUCGCCCAAGGCUUCUCUCAACUCCUCACCGACAAAUCAUAUUUGGUACGGCAGUCAGCAGCCACAGCAUAUGGGGCUUUGUGCUCUGUACUGUGUUCAGUCCCUCUAGCAUCAAAUGGAAGGCAGAAUCAUGUUAUACUCAGUGGCUUGGUUGACCGGUUCAUGGGUUGGGCAUUGCCACUGCUUAUCAAUAUAGGAAAUGCGACAGCGGAGCUGGCUUUGGAAGCUCUACGAGAAUUUCUUAGUGUUGGAGAUGUUGGGGCAGUCGAAAGAUAUGCCUUGCCUGUUCUCAAAGCAUGCCAGGAACUUCUCGAAGAUGAGAGAACCUCCCUGAUUUUACUGCACAGACUUCUUGCUGUUUUAACUAUAAUUUCUUUAAACUUUUCUAGAUGUUUCCAGCCUCACUUUGUUGACAUUGUUGAUCUGCUCCUUGGGUGGGCAAUGGUGCCUGACCUGGCAGAAUCAGAUCGGAGUGUGAUUAUGGACAGUUUCUUGCAAUUUCAGAAACACUGGGUAAAUAACAUGCAGUUCUCCUUGGGAUUGCUAUCAAAGUUUCUAGGAGACAUGGAUGUGUUACUUCAGGAUGGAAGUCCUGGUACUCCACAGCAAUUUCAAAGAUUACUUGCUUUACUAUCUUGCUUUUCUACAGUUUUGAAGUCUGUAGCAUCUGGUUUGCUGGAAAUGAAUAUGCUGGGACAGAUUACUGAACCUCUUUGCAAAAUGGUUCCUCUUUUAUUAGGAUGUUUAUCACAGAUUGGAAGGAAAUAUGGUUGGUCAAAAUGGAUUCAGGAUUCUUGGAAGUGCUUGACUUUGUUAGCAGAAAUUUUAGGCGAUAGGUUUUCAACAUUUUUCCCUAUUGCGGUUGAUAUUUUGUUUCAGAGCUUGGACAUGCGGAAUACAGUCCAACUCACAAGGACUGUAAAUAUUACUUCCUUUCAGGUUCAUGGGGUUCUUAAAACUAAUUUACAGUUGCUGUCGCUUCAAAAGCAUGGGCUUCUCCCAUCAUCUGCUGAAAAGAUAAUAGGAUUUGAUGCCCCUAUAUCUCAAUUGCGUCUGCAUCCAAAUCAGUUAGUAACUGGAAGUGCUGCUGCUACCUAUAUCUUCUUACUGCAGCAUGUUAAUGAAGAAGUUGUUGAAAGGACAAUCAAUUCCUUGAUUGAGGAGCUGGAUUUGUUGAAGACUAUUGUGCUCAAAGAGACAUGCGGUGAGGGGUGCAUUGGAGAUGGAAUUACAGCUCAAAAAUCUUAUUCACGAUCAGAAUUGUUUGCUUUAAUCCAUUUUGAUUUGAAAGUCUUGUUAACGUGUGUUUCUCCAGGUGGAAGUCGCUAUAUGAAUGUUACAGAAGUUGACACGUUGUAUCUUAAUAGGUCAAAGAGAUUAUUAUCCUUUUUGGUGGAGAAAUUAGAUCCUUUUAGCUUACCUAUUGAAGCCUAUGUAGAACUGCAACUAGCAGUAUUGCAGACAUUGCAAAGGCUGAGUGACGUUGAGUUUCUGACUAGUUGCUCUACAAGAGAACCUGCACUUUCAAAGCCAAUGAAGGAGGAUAAUAUUAAAAAUCAACAUCCAAUACUAGUUUUGGAGUAUUUGAGAAAUUACUCCAAUCUCCUUGUUAAAGCUCUUGACACUGCUGCUCCUUUAGCUGUUAAAAUAGAAGCCUUAGAAUGGAUAACUAAAUUCUGUAAAAAUGUAAUCUGUGCAUAUGAGAAUGUGGAGGCAACACAUUAUCCUUGUGAAGUCUGGGGAUAUGUAGAGGUCAUGCAGAAUUUGCUGUUCUCCAUUUUGGAUUCUGCAUCAGACAGAGAACCAAGAGUAAGAUCUCUUGUCAAAUUGGUUCUAGACAUGCUUCUGCAAGCAAAACUUGUCCAUCCCUCUCACUUCCUGUACAUUGCUGAGACUGUCCUUGAGAAACUUGGGGACCCAGAAAAAGAUAUAAAAAAUGCAUUUGGUAGGUUGCUUUGCAAUGUUCUGCCUAUUACUAUAUAUGUUUUUGGUCUGUAUGAUUGUAGAAUGAUUACUUCUUCUAGCAGUGUUAUUUGUGGAGUUAAAAACAGGCCUAAUUUGUACUGGAAGCAAGUCUUUGCCAUAAAGCAACUACCUCAUCAACUUCGCUCACAGCAACUUGUUUCCAUAUUGAGUUACAUUUCUCAGAGAUGGAAAGUGCCUUUGUCUUCUUGGAUUCAACGGUUAAUCUGUUCCUGCCGGAACUCGAAAGACCAUCCUUUAAUACAGUCAGAGGAAUUGGUAAACGCUGAUGUAAAUGGAUUGUGGAGGGACGUCAAAGUGGAGAGGGAUAUUCUUGAAAGAGUCUGCUCUACCAAUAUUCUUGCAGGUGCCUGGUGGGCUAUAAAUGAAGCGGCAAGGUGCUGUAUUUCUACGAGACUCCGGACCAAUCUUGGUGGCCCCACUCAAACUUUUGCUGCAUUGGAACGAAUGCUUCUGGACAUUUCUCAUCUGCUACAGCUUGAUACUCACCAAAGUGAUGGAAAUUUGACCAUCACCAGCACUUCUUAUGCUCAUUUGUUGCCAAUGAGGCUGUUGCUAGAUUUUGUUGAGGCUCUGAAGAAAAAUGUGUACAAUGCAUAUGAAGGAUCAACAGUUUUGCCCUGUCCAUCUAGGCAGAGCUCUUUGUUCUUCCGUGCAAAUAAGAAAGUCUGUGAGGAGUGGUUUUCUCGCAUAUGUGAACCAAUGAUGAAUGCUGGAUUGGCACUCCAGUGUCAUGAUGCUACAAUCCAAUACUGCACACUGCGUUUACGAGAGCUUAAGAAUUUUGUUGCUUCAUCUUUCACGGACAAUUCAAGAGUCCAGGUGAGUGAAGUUGUCCAGAGUAUCAGGGGUAGGUUUGAUGGAGAAAUUUUGAGGGUUGUACGGCACAUGGCAUUAGCUCUCUGUAAGAAUCAUGAAUCAGAGGCAUUAAUUGGUCUACAAAAGUGGACAAGCAUGGCAUUCUUUCCAUUGUUUGCUGAGGACAAUCAAAGGUUAAGUGAUAGUGAGAUUCUAGAACAAUUUUCAUGGAUAACUGGACUAGUAUAUCAGGCAAAGGGCCAACAUGAGAAGGCUGCAGCACAUUUUAUACAUCUGCUACAGACCGAUGAUUCACUCAGUUCUAUGGGUUCUGAAGGAGUACAGUUUGCUAUUGCUCGUAUUAUUGAGAGUUAUACUGCAGUUUCUGAUUGGAAAGCUUUGGAAUCCUGGUUGUUGGAGCUGCAAGCACUACGAUCAAAGCAUGCAGGAAAGAGCUACUCUGGUGCUCUAACUACUGCAGGAAAUGAAAUAAACUCCGUCCAAGCAUUAGCCCGUUUUGAUGAGGGCGAUGUUCAGGCAUCAUGGGCAUGCCUUGAUUUGACACCAAAAAGUAGCAAUGAACUCACACUUGAUCCCAAGUUAGCCUUGCAAAGGAGUGAGCAAAUGCUUUUGCAGGCAAUGCUUUUCCAGAAGGAGGGGAAAGUGGACAAGGUACCUCACGAAUUGCAGAAAGCCAAGUCAAUACUGGAGGAAACACUAUCUGUUCUUCCCCUCGAUGGUCUCUCUGAUGCUGCACCACAUGUCAACCAUUUAUACUGCAUACUGGCAUUGGAGGAAAAGUACCAGAUGCGGGGCAGCCAAGACAAUCAUUUAGAGUCAUUAUUAGGAUCAUAUAUUCAAGCAGUUCAGUCCCCGAUUAAUCGAGUUCAUCAAGAUUGCAGUUUAUGGCUAAAAGUACUCCGAGUUUACCAAAAUACUCAACCAACAUCACCUGCGACUCUCAAGCUAUGUAAUAACUUGUUGAACUUAUCUCGCAAGCAAAGAAAUUUGGUGUUGGCAAAUCGUCUAAGCAACUACCUUAAGGAGAAUGUAGCAAAUUGCCCUGACACCGACUUUCGUGAUUAUAUCAUCUCCAGUUUGCAGUAUGAGGACAUCCUGUUGAUGCACAGUGAAGGCAAGCUUGAUGAUGCAUUUUCCAAUAUGUGGUCACUUGUACGUCCUAGCAUGCUUUCUUCUGCAAUUGUUUCUUCUGAUUCUUUUGACAAUGUCUUGAAGGCAAAGGCAUGUUUAAAACUGUCAAAUUGGUUGGAACAAAAUUAUUCAGAUCCAAGGUUGAAAGAUGUCGUUCUGAAGUUUAGAGAAGAUUUUAUUAAUACUGACACGUUUGACUCUGGCAGAGGGUUUUCUAGCUUUAGAAAUGAUGCUCUGAGUGCUAAACCUAAUAUUGAUGCUAUUACUGAGGAAUUUGUGGGUGCUGCAAGGGAGCUAUCUACUCGACUCUGCCUUAAUAUGGGGAAGUCAUGGAUUUCAUAUGCCUCUUGGUGUUAUGCUCGGGCAAGAUCAUUUCUUUCUGCAGAUAAUGAAGCUCUCCUUCAUUCUUCUUCCGUUUCAUCUGCUUUUCAUUCUGAAAUCCAUCAUCAAAGCUUAAGUUUAACCGAGAUAGAGCAGCUAAAAGUGAAAGACAUUGUCUCAGAGCUCCUACAGAAAAGAUCGUUAGAAGUUCUAAAUGAGAAUAUGGAAAAUUUUGUUGUCUCAGAAUGUUGGCAGAAGGAGAAUGUCAAAUCUUUGUCUGAGCAAAUAACAGAUAUUCUUGAAGCUACAGCAGGAGCACCUGGAGCUGAAGAUCAUAGUGGUGAAACCCUUUCUGCUAUGCUAAAAUCUAAAUUGCAGAAGUCCUUAGCCAGUGCAAAGAUUGCCCUUGAUGAUCCAGCAGUAACAUCCUUGAUUGAUGAUAUAACUGAUCUUUGGCGGUCUUUGAGAAGAAGAAGGGUAUCCCUCUUUGGUCAAGCAGCUCAAGCUUUCAUCAAUUACCUUUCGUAUUCAUCUUCCAUGUACUCUGAUUGUCAACUAUCUGGCCUGCAUCACUCAAAUCAUAAGUCCAUGAGCUACACAAUGAGGGCAACUUUAUACGUCUUAAAUAUUCUUCUCAACUAUGGCGUUGAGUUGGAAGAUACUCUUGAACCUGCACUUUCAACUGUUCCUUUGCUACCAUGGCAGGAGAUAACACCUCAACUAUUUGCACGAUUAAGUUGUCAUCCAGAACAAGUAGUUAGGAGACAGCUAGAAACUUUACUGGUCAAGCUGUCAAAACUAUCUCCUUGGUCUAUUGUGUACCCUGCUCUAGUUGAUGCAAACACCCAAGAGAAGGAAAUUCCUGAGGAGCUUCAAAAGAUACUGGCUUGUUUGGUAAAGCAAAAUUUUCCUUCUCUGACAAGAGUUCUCUUUCCUGCUCUUUCUUUCGUUUAGUUGUUAAAAAAUAUUUGGACAGUAGUAGUGGUGAUGUUCAUCUCGUAUUGCUUUGUCAUUAUUCUAUGCUAGGAUAGUCUGGUUAAGAAGUUUAAACUGGGUGCACAGCUCUGGAAUUGGAGCUUUAUCUGCAUAGAGAAUUUUUGGU